AAAUGUAUUAAUUCUUAGUUGAAUCUUAAAGAGGAAACAACUCCAAAAAAAUCUACAUUUACGUUUCUGUUUAAUAAGAAAAACACAGUCAAAUUUAUUUAGCCAACAUGUAUAAAUUGUUCAUCUGUUGUAUUGCUGCCUUAAUCUGCUCCUCAUUGGCCCGUCCUGAUCAGUAUGAUGCUGCGGCCGAAACUCGUAGUUUUAGCAAUGACCUGAAAGAAGAUGGCAGUUACCAAUAUCAAUUUGAUACCACCAAUGGCAUUGCUGCCCAGGAAGCUGGUGUUGGUGGCUAUUAUGCCAGUGGUUCUUCAGCUUACUAUGCUCCUGAUGGCCAAUUGAUCACUUUGAGUUACACAGCCGACGAGAAUGGUUUCCAUCCCAGUGGUGAUCAUUUACCCACUCCUCCACCAAUUCCAGCUGCUAUUUUGAAAUCAUUGGAGUACAUUCGCACCCAUCCCAAUCAGGAGAAUCGCGAAGGUGGCAGCCAAUUGAAACAGCAGCAACAACCUCAAUAUAGACGUUACCAUCAAUAAAUAUUCAUAUAUUGUUAAUUUAAUAACCCAACACCCAAAACGUGAUUAGUUUUAAGUUCAUUGUGUUUGAUCCCUGUGUUUAUUUUUUUAAUUUUCCCCCCAUUUAAGUCCCUUAUUAUUCAUGCUGUUUUUAAGUGUCGUUAAUGAAAAAACAUCGCAAGAAAAAGUAUUAAGAAAACAAUCCAUAAUAAAAAAUAUAUAAAACAAAUAUAAA